AUGUCGUUUGAAAUGAAUAAUUCAUGGCUUAAUUUAACUAAUCAAUCGAUUGCAAAUGAUAAUGAUGAUCGUUUCAAUUUUAAAUCUACUUCAGAAGAUUUCUUUAAUCGUGAAGGCGAACGAUUUAUGCGUGAAGAUCCAUUUUUACCCUUUUCAAAUUCUAUUCUUACUGAUAUAACACAAAAUCAAGAUCAAUCAUGGUCAAGUGAACAAAAUCCUGGUAGUCCUGGUUGUUCAACAACAACGUUUUUCAUGGCUAAAUCAUCAGCACCUGAUGAAAUGCUCAAUGCACUUCUUGCUGGAAAAACUGAUGGAAUGACAUUAAAAGAAAAUCAACAACCAACAUCUUUACGAAAUAUUGUUAAUGGAUGGAAUGAAUCAUCAUCAUCAUUAAUGAAUAAAAAAUCAACAAGUGGUCUCAAUCUACGUCAACAAAAAGGUUCACCAUUUAAUGAAAAUUGUAAUACUAUUGUUAAAAAAUCUAAGGCAAUAUUAACAACAUCACAGCCUAUUAAUAGCGAAGUGAGUCGUUCAUUAUUUGAUGUUAAACCACAAUCAACAUCGACAAGUGUUAAUUGUGAUAUGCUUGAUUUAACAGGAAAUAGUAAUAAUAAUCGUCGACAUAGUCUAGAUUUAUCUGAUAGUAUGUCAAUUCUUUCUCUUCAUUGUCGUCAUAAUCAUCAUCUUAAUGGAAAUAUUUAUACAAAUAUGGUUUCUGGUGGAGAUGCAUCAACAGUUAAUACUGAAACUCAAACAUCUCAUUUAGCAGGUGGUGGUGGUGGUGGAUCAUCAUCAUCAUCUUCUUCAACAAAUUCAUCACGUACACAAAUUCAUCAAUCACAACAACAACAACAACAUAUACAUCCAUCAACUCAUUUUCCUCCAUGGCCUGCACAUCAUUCACAACCAUUGUUUUAUCCAGUCGUUUCUUAUCAUCCUAUUUAUUCAUAUCCACCAUCAACAUCAACAGCAAUUCAACAUCCACCAGCACCACUUUGUAUUCAUCCACCACCAACAACAAUUAGUAGUUCAUCAUCAGAUAUAUAUAGUCAUCAUCAUGAUAUAAAUAGUCCAAUUAUAACAUCACUUCAUAGUCAACCAAGUGAUGAGAAAUCAUCCACAUCAUCUUUUCAACGUAAUAGUCGUUCAUCAUCAUCAUCUUUACUUUCAGCUAAUUCACAACGUUUAAGUCAUCAUCAAUUAACUGAACAACAUGAUCAUUGGUGGCUUGAUAUUCCAUCAACAACAAUAUUUCGUAUGUCAUCAUGUUAUGCUUAUCAAACAAGUUCAAUUGAUGUACCUAUUAAAAAUAAUGGUUCAAUUGAUAUAACAUUAACUGUUAAUAUUCAUAAAUGGGAUAUUAUAUCAGAUACGAGUUCAACAUCGAAUGAACAUCAUCAAAUAAUUCCAUUUCAAUUAGAUAAAACUGAAUAUAUGAUUAAAUCUCAACAAGAAAUCAUGAUUAAAGUACAUUUUUGUCCAUUUCAAACAGGCAAUUAUCAAUGUAAAAUAAAUAUAAAAUGUCAAUUUUGUCCUCAACAUCAAUCACCAUCAUCAACUUCACUUGUCACAUUAGUUGGUGUCUGUCAUGAUCCUCGAAAUGAGCAUCCAAUAUUACUUUCAUCAAUUAAAGAACAACAACAACAACAACGAAAUUCGGAUGAAAAUCUUAUCAAUCGAACAUCAUCACAAAGUCAAGUAUCAGAUAUGUCUUUAGCAUCAACAACAGCACAAAGCGAUGGUGAUCUUACAUCAACCAGUCAACAUCGACAAAAAGAUGCUAUACUUGAUAUUGCCAAUCAGAUUGGUAUUGAACAGAAUAUACUUGAUUUUGGUCAAGUUUGUAUUAAUGAAGAUUCAACAACAAAUUCCAAAACACUUAAAUUAACAAUUAAAAAUUAUAGUCGAACAGAUCCAUGUGAUGUUGAUAUAAAUGAACCACAUUUACCAUUUUGUAUAAGUGUACGUCGUGCUACAAUUAGAGAAAAAUCAUUUGUUAAAUUAACGUGUAAAUUUCGUCCGAAGAAAAUCGGUCUCUAUAGUGAAAAUGUAACAUUAGUCAUAAAACGACGAAAUAAUUUUAAAACAACAAUUACAUUAACAGGUCGAUGUAUUAUGGAUAAUAUCAAUACGGUUUCAUAUGAUUCAAUUGAAAAUGAAGAAUAG